CCAACCUAGAAGAAGAAGGACUCCUAAUCUACUUCCUGGUUUCAUCUCCGACUUCAUCAUGAGACUUUCUUUGGUUUCACAGCCGCUGGUGUUCAUAUCAGUCCUGUUACUCACCAGCCAGACAUUACUUGCACAAACGAUAUCUCCGUUAUCAACACUUCCAACAGUAACAUCUGAAACACCCACACCCACAACAGCACUAGCAGGCAUUACGACAACAGCAACAGCAAAGUCAUUGACAGACCCCUGCUACAAAUACUCUGUCGUGGACGAUGCUUGGAGUCCAGGCAAUCAGUAUCCCAAUUCAACCCAAUAUAUGUGCAACAAUUUCGUCAACUUUGUCGGCUGGUAUCGUCUCUUCAUCAAUGGUCAGAGCGCUCGGAUUUCGGACAAAUGUGAUUUCUCGCAAAGUUGUAGCUUUUAUUCAACGCUGUGGCUGAACGGAGCACAUCCAAACGUUGGGGAUGGAGUGGUGACCCUCGAUGUUUGCGCCGCCAUGUCGAAUAGCUGCUGCUAUUACCAGCCAACUCCUAUCCACGUCAAAGCCUGUCCGGGAGGUUAUUACGUCUAUGAAAUUCUAACACCGUCUAGCUGCAGUCAGCCAAAUUGUGCAGUUAGGAGCGUCAACAAUUUUACAGUCACUCCGGAGUCGGCCUUGGCAGCACCAGACAUAUUCUACCCGUUCAGCUCAGCAGCAGAAGACAGAAAUCCUGCGGCCGAUGAUGGAAGCUCUUCCGUGAUUCUGCUGUCGAGUCCAUUUCCGUUCUUUGGUCGCGCAUACCAGCGGAUUUACGUUAAUAAUAACGGACAUCUCACAUUCGACCAGCCUUCAUCGGCAUACGCUCCCUACUCAUUCCCCACUAAUGGAAGCCAAGAUAUAAUUGCUGGUCUCUGGACCGAUCUUGACAACCGUGCGAAAGGUGUCGUUUCCUAUCAUCAGUACACCAGCGGAAAUGUUCUCACAAAUGCCACCCGGGAUAUAAACACGUAUUUCCCGAAUCAGAAAUUCAAUGCUUCUUGGGUCUUUGUUGCAACGUGGAAUAAAGUCGCUUACUUCAGCAUAACCAACACAAGCACAUCGUUUCAAGUGGUUUUAAUUUCAGGCAGUAAUUAUUCAUUUAUUCUGAUGAAUUACGGCGAGAUUGCUGUAACAGAGCAUCCGGUGGAGGCUGGUUACGGCACAAUCAACUCCACAAACUACUUUGUGAUUCCUGGAUCAAACGGCGGCGGAUCCAUCUCGAACCUCAGAUACUCCAGUAAUGUUAACGUUCCCGGUCGAUGGGCCUUCAGGGUGGACAGCGAUCCAAAAAACAGCAUCCUGAAAAACAAUGUUGUUGGCGUACGAAUGAAGCUUUCCUCAUUUUCAGACCUGGCUUAUUUGAGUGACAACAUCGAAGUACUUUUGCAGCAGGAGCUGGUCAAGAACGGACUGCCAAACGCUGUCGAGCUGAAGUUAAGAAAACUGCAAAAGACAAAUCCGUAAUUGCAAAAUUAAAUCGGGUUUGUUUAACAUCCGACAGCAAAUAUACCUCACAAUUUGUUUCUCAUUAUUUUUACUAGAACUAUAUCUUAAAGUGUGUAAUGUACAGUUUACUUCGAAUACGGUGUGCGUCGCUUUAAACAAAAUGCAACAGUCUCACGGUCCAUUUCGGUGCAUUAUUCUGUUUCUUUUUGUCUGCUUUCAAUUCUGCAGAAGGCGCCAAUAUGGUUAUUCAUUUUUAAAUCAGUUGGUGCUAAAUUUGCCAAUUAUGUAACCGAAUAAAAACAGUGUCAUCAAUCAGCUAAAUUCAGUUCAGGUUUGAUUCUCAUUCGAUGUGUCAGAAGCAAUGCAGUCAAACUAUUAAACGGUGAAUAUCAAGUGUCUUUUAAAGCACAAGGCAACGUUGUCAAUGAACCCAAAGACUAUCAAGUGGCAAAAAUGCAGAAGGAUAUGACAAAUGCAGAGAAACCAGAUUCAGUCGUGGGACCAGUUCAGUGAGUUUACAGUACAGUAUAUUCUGAUACACACAGCUAAUCUACAUUAUAUCAACUGUUUUGUGUUGCUGGUUACCAUAUAUAUCAACUAUUAAGCCAAGUGUAAAUACCAUUUAAUUGCCCCUAGAGCCAAUGAGUUGCUAUCAGUGGUAAUAACUUUUUUUUUUUUUUACAUUUAUUUAUUGUAUUUGUCAUGUUGUUAGUUUUUCUCCAGAAGAGGAUGAAUAAUCAACGUGUAAAAUGUUCUGAUUUGAUUGCAGCCUGCCC